CACCUAGGGGUAGGAGGGGGGCAGGAACAUGUGCCAUGUCUCUUUGGCUUGUUCUCACUCUAGAUCUCUCCAUCCAGCCCCCCCACCCGCGGGCUCACAAGGGCGAGAUCCCCCCAGGGCAGCCUUCCCCACUCUAGGGCGAGGAUCCCCUGCCUCCGGCCCCUUUGCCCAGGCCGGGCGGCUCCCCAGCGGGCGCUCUCCGCGGUGCUGAAUCGCGCUCCCGGAGCCAGCCAGAGCGCAGCGCGCAGGGAGCGGGCAGGGAGCUCCGGGCCAGGGGGCGCGCAGGGGCCCCGGGGAGGAGCAGGGGGCCGGGGCCGCUGCCGGAGGCUUGGCUGAGGAACCAAGGGAAGGGGCAGACGGGGGCAGGCGCGGCGGACGCGGGGGAGGAGACACCCGCGCCGGGAGACACGGGGCUGGGAGGGGCCGGGGCGAAGCGGCUGGUCCCCCAGGAGCGCGGCUGGGAGCCGGGCACCGGAGCGACUGAGCCGGGCAGCCCAUCCCGGUCCGGACCCGGACUCGGAGCCGGGCACGGGGGCUGGAACCGAGAAUCUAGACCCGGAGCUUGAUCUCCAGAGCUGGGCCCUGAACACGGGACUUUGGGCUAGGUCCCAGAGCUGCCCCCUGGGUGGGGGGUGCAGGGCACCCUCCCACCUCACUAACUUCCCUGGGAGCCCACAGCCUGAGCCCGGUGCCCACAAGGAGGCAGCCCCCCCAGCCAGGGAGCCCCUGGCCCCACACCUCCAGCCCUGGGCCAGCCCAGAAGCAGCCCACCCAGCCGUGCCAUGGGGAAGAUGCUGCCAGCCCAGGAAGCGGCCCGGAUCUACCACACCAACUAUGUGCGGAACGCCCGGGCCAUGGGGGUGCUGUGGGCGCUCUUCACCCUCUGCUUUGCGGUCAUCAUGGUGGUGAGCUUCAUCCAACCCUACUGGAUCGGUGACAGCAUCGACACUCCGCAGGCCGGCUACUUCGGCCUCUUCUCCUACUGCAUUGGCAACGCCCUGACUGGCGAGCUCAUCUGCAAGGGCAGCCCCCUGGACUUUGGCACCAUCCCCUCCAGUGCCUUCAAAACGGCCAUGUUCUUCGUGGGCAUCUCUACCUUCCUCAUCAUUGGCUGCAUCCUCUGCUUCAGCCUGUUCUUCUUCUGCAAUUCAGCCACUGUCUACAAAAUCUGUGCCUGGAUGCAGCUGGCAGCAGCGGCCGGCCUAAUGAUAGGUUGCCUGAUCUACCCGGAUGGUUGGGAUUCCAAUGAAGUGAAGCGCAUGUGCGGGGACAAAACUGACAAAUACACACUAGGGGCAUGCACCGUGCGCUGGGCCUUCAUCCUCUGCAUCAUUGGGAUCCUGGAUGCCCUCAUCCUCUCCUUCCUGGCCUUUGUUCUAGGGAACCGGCAAGAUAAUCUCCUCCCAGACGAUUUCAAAGUAGAAAAUAAAGAGGAGGGCCAUGAAUGAAGAAGCUGAACACCACAAGACAUCUAGGGCCCCUCCAGGUAACGACCAGAAACUUGAUGCUUUUCUUAUCGGUCAUUUUGAAGGAACUCUAUUCUCCCUACAAACUUUCUUGAAAAGAUUCCAUGCAAGGGGCUGCUGGAGACUCGACCCCCUCAUGGAGUUUAUUUGGAUGGAGGGACUCAAUCUGUUAUAGAGUGGGAAGGGUGGAAGAGGAGCCAGUAUGUGUUUUAGCUACUUACAGUCACCUUUUGUACUGACUUGUUGCAAGAAAAAUUUGCUGAAUAAAAGGCAAAGUUGCAGU